AUGGGUGCAAGUCCACCCUUGACCGACGAUCUCGAAGAUGCCGCUCCUGUCAAGCCCUCUUCAUUCGGUUCUUAUUCCUCCAACGUCAAGGCUGCUUUGAUGCUCCAGAAGAUCACCCUCCCUCCAGCAGACCUUAUGGACGAGCUAUUAGCCGAGUACUUCAACAUUGACUGGAUCACAAUGCCUAUUGUCCACCGUCCAUCGUUCUAUCAACGGUACCAUCGCCUCAUUGCUGUCGCCAACUCUCGUUAUCGGCGCGACAUUCCCCUCGAAGAAGCAACCGAACUCGCCGCUACGUACUCGCUACUUUUCGGAAUGCUUGCCAUCGGCCAACUAGCCAAAUCGACGGUCACCGAAUCUGCCGAGUCUCACCUCGCCCAUGCAUACGAAUUCCACCAACAGGCCAAGACGCUCCUGCUUGUCGACCUUUUGUCCGUAGCCUCUCUUCCUGUAGUGCAGGCAGGGUCUUAUGCUUCAUGUCGAACUGCCAGGAAAAGCGCAGGCUGA